AUGAGCUAUAGUUCUAAGGAAACGGCUGCUUUCUCGUGUACAAUCCGUUUUAACCUCUUAAACGAGCGAAAUAGGAGUGACCAUUGCAGCGUGCUUCAGCUGGUACAAGUGGCUCGUCCUCACCUCAUAAAAAGCAAAGGCGAAAUUGUGAACGUCAGCAGCAUUUCGGGUUUGAAGUUUGGGAUCGUUCAAACACCAUAUUAUGCAGUAGCGAAAGCUGGUUUGGAUCAGUUAACUAGGGCUUUGGCGAUUGAUUUAAUUGAAUAUGGUGUGCGAGUAAAUGCAGUGAGUCCCGGCCUGGUGAAGACGAAUUUUGCCCAGAGGACAGGUCUCACUAAAGAACAGUCUGACAAGUUGCAUGACUUUUAUGGAAGUAUGAAACAUUCGUGUCCUCGCGGAAAAUAUGCCGAUCCCAUUGAAAUUGCGAAUGUAAUUGCUUUCUUGGCUGAUCGUCGUGCUUCAUCGUUUAUCAUAGGAGAGUCAAUUGUAGCCGAUGGAGGAAUGUCGCUGAUUAUGGGAGCAUACGCGUAUGAUUACAAGAAAGUGAUCUCAUCUUGA